AUGAUGAACAGAAUCAGACGACCCUUCCCGGUCUCUCGCCGGGAUACAGAUUCUGUGCAAUUGAACACUCUAGAACCUCAGAAACCUGCAGAUGGUUUCGACNAAAAGGGUGCCGAAGCUGGCAUUGAGGCCGACGUGACCGACAUUGAACACGGUCACCUUCAGGAGAUUGAGGUAGAUGUUGACAAAGUGUUGCAUGACUGGGAGAUCAAAGACGUGGACGCUGAUACGUCGCCAUACCCUGAAGUUCGUGCUGUGGUUCCAGAGACAGAUGAUCCAAGCAUGCCAUUGAACACUCUCAGGAUGUGGAUUAACAUCAAGGAACAUGCUCUCAUCACCAUCAUGUCCAACGUAACGAUAGGCUUCGCUUCGGGCUCUGACGCUUCCAACAUGAUACAAGCUGCUAAAAAGUUUUACGACUUUGAUCUGUCUGCUGGGCUGGCUGUACUCAUGGUCAUGUGUACCCAACUUCUCGGAUUCGGUGUUGCUGGCCUUGGAUCUCGUUGGGUCGUGGAACCUGCUUCGAUCAUCUGGCCCGGUAUUUUGGGUAACUGCGCCUUGCUCUCCACUCUGCACUCGAAAUCAAACGCUAUUGCCAAUGGCUGGAGGAUUUCUCGCCUUCGGUUCUUCUUUCUUGCCCUGCUUAUCGCAUUCGUGUGGUACUGGUUCCCAGGUUUAAUCAUGCCUGCCCUGAGCUACUUUACUUGGGUCUGCUGGAUCGCGCCAAACAACGCUGUGGUCAACCAGAUCUUUGGGAUGCAAACUGGUCUUGGAAUAUUCCCGGUGACCUUCGAUUGGUCCCAGGUCGCAUAUAAUACCAAUCCCUUACUGAGUCCUCUAAGUGCGGCACUCAAUGUCCUAGCCGGCUUCGUAUUCUUCUUCUUGAUCAUAACGCCAGGACUAUACUACACCAAUAAGUGGUACACCGGCUAUCUGCCAAUGAUGACUGCGGAUGUGUAUGACAAUACCGGCGCCAACUACAAUGUUACCAGGAUAAUCAACCCUCUGACCAAGAGCCUUGAUCCUGAAGCCUAUCGCGCAUAUUCGCCUCCGUUCCUUAGUGCGACAUUUGCUUUCGUGUAUGGAUUGUCAUUCGCCUCUAUCACUGCGGUGUUGACACAUACAUACCUCUGGCAUGGAACAGAAAUUUGGACAGCCCUUCGCGGGACGAGAAAACUCGACAUCCACGGACGUCUGAUGAAAGCUUACAAGCCAACUCCUUGGUAUUGGUACCUCAUCGUUCUAGUGAUCUUCACUGCUUUAUCAUGUGUCAUGGUCGAGGUCUAUCACACCGAUCUUCCUAUCUAUGGUGUUGCACUCGCUCUUGUCAUUCCCGCUAUCUACUUUAUUCCUUGUGCCCUGAUCCAAGGUAUCUCGAACGUCGACGCCAAUCAGAUCAACGUCUUGUCCGAAUUCAUCGGCGGAUACAUGUUUGCAGGCAAGCCUCUGGCCAACAUGAUCUUCAAGAUCUUAUCCACUGCUGUCGUCAAUCAAGGCAUCUUCUUCGUCCAGGAUAUGAAACUAUCUUAUUAUCUUAAGCUCGCACCCCGGACCGUGUUCUUUGCUCAAGGCUUCGCCGCUAUCCUGGGCGCCCUGACUCAAACAGGAGUAACUCUCUGGAUGCUCGGCAACAUUCCCGAUAUCUGCUCUUCUUCGCAAAGCUCCUCAUUCACCUGUCCCAACGGAAGAACAGUGUUUUCUUCAUCAGUGAUCUGGGGCUUGAUUGGACCAGAUCGCUUGUACAGUGUAGGAAAACGAUACUCUGCCCUCUUGCACUUCUUCUGGAUUGGUGCUCUAACGCCUGUGAUCACUUGGUACGCGUAUAAGAAAACAGGAAAGAAGAUCUUCAAGGACAUCAACUGGCCAUUGUUCUUCGUUGGUACUUAUAAUNGCAUCAACUACACUUCGUGGGCAUUGGUGAACUGGAUCUUCAACGGUUACAUUAGGAACAACUUCUUCGCCUGGUGGACAAAGUACAACUACGUCCUCGCAGCUGCCGUCGACACGGGUACAGCCGUGGCAGGUAUCGUCAUCUUCUUCGCAGUCAGCUACCCAGGCUACUCGAUGCCAGAUUGGUGGGGCACGACAGUGUUUACCAAUACGCUCGAUGCGGUGNGGGUCUCGAAUCUUGCGUUGCCGGCAAGUGGUUUCUUCGGUCCUGCCAAUGGUACUUGGACUUGA